CAAGCCCAACCAAUCAUAAUGCAAAGCCUAUUAUAGAACUGGUGUUUUCAGUCUAUCAAUAGUCGCGUUUGCGAUUUUGCUACUCUCUACGGAUUGUUGUGAUUUCAGUUUCUUUGCAUGGUUUCACGUUUGUAGUUUGCAUACCACCAUCUUUCCAAUUACUUGUCAAUCUUUGCUACUUAUAUCUUGUGAUCAGAAGAAGGACUGAGUUAGACUCUUGAUUCUAACGUUAUUUUGUUUGGAAUUCUCUUCCUGUCGCUCAAUCUCGAGAUCAAAAUGUCGGCUCGGCAGGACUCUGACAACCUGGCCUGGGAUCGGAGUGAUGAGCUCUGGGAAGAGGCAACGAAACAAGUUCGACUGUCGUCUGCAUGCCAGAAAAUCGAACAUUUUGCUGCGAAGUUGUUCGGAAAGACCGCGAUUUUCAUUUCUCCAAUGCUUAUUGGUGGAUUCAACGUGCUUUAUCCCAUUCAAAUAGAAGGCCUCACUGAAAAGGUCCUCGUACGAAUACCCUGCCCUAGCCAGGUGCUAUUUCCGGAAGAGAAAUCAAUUGCAGAAGCCGCCACAGCAGCAUACAUCAGUCAACAUACUCGUAUUCCUGCUCCAAAGCUCUUCUACAGCGGAGUUGAUUCGGACAUCGGGCCAUAUAUGAUCAUCCAAGAUCUGGGCACCCGCCGUUGUAUGGGACAGCCUUUGGAAACACCCCGAACUGAUCCCAAUGAUACACCUGUCCUGAACCCACACCUAUCAGACGUCAAGCUUCAAAGCCUGUAUGUCAAAAUGGCACGAUGCGUAUUGCAACUUGCCCAGCCGACAUUUUCCCGCAUUGGAGCGCUCAGCGAGACAAGCCCCGGUUCGUUCGAUGCCACUGGAAGACCUAUCACCAUAAAUAUGAGCAAUAUGGCACAAUUGUCUAAUGUUCCAACAUCAAUCUUCCCUCCCGAAGGAACCACGUAUCAGACUGCUGACUCGUGGUACGCGGCAUUGGCCGAAAUGCAAAUAGUCACGCUCAUCUUCCAACAUAACGAUAUGGUCUCUUCGGAAGAUGACUGUAGGAACAAAUACGUCGCCCGCCAGCUUUUCCGGAAAUUGGCGAGGAAAGGUCAGCUAGCGAAUUUCGCCUUUGUUGAAGAUGACUGGUCAGCACAGGCAAAAUCCCAAAUGAUGCCCACGACAUUGAAAGCUCCAGAUGGCUCAGGUUCGUUUCGUCUGUGGUCCGAUGAUUUCAGGCCUGCCAAUGUAAUGGUUGAUGAAAAUGACGAGAUCCUUGGGGCUAUCGACUGGGAGUUUGCUUACGUUGGGCCGACACAAUUCGUUCUGGAUCCACCAUGGUGGCUGCUGCUUGAUGUACCCGAAAUGUGGGAGAAAGGAAUCGAAGAUUGGACGAGCCAAUAUGACAAACGGUUGAAAACGUGGCUUUUGGCAAUGCAAAAAGUAGAGGAAGAAUUGGAGAAAGAAGUGACCAAAAACAAUGUACGGCUCUCUGAAUAUAUGCGCUCCAGCUGGGAGACGGGUCGCUUUUGGCUCAAUUAUGCUGCUAAGAGGAGCUGGGCAUUUGAUACCAUAUAUUGGAAGUACUUGGACGAAAGAUUCUUCGGAGUGAGGGACGACGAUAUCUCAACGGAACAGCUAUGGAAAUCAAGAGUGCAUCUUCUCAGUGAAGAGGAACAUGAUGCGAUGGAACCGUUUGUACAGGUGAAGAUGAAAGAGUCAGAGGAGCGGAUUCUGGUGGAAUGGGAUGCUGAAGAAGCGAGGAAGCGUUUGUCAGAUUUAUUAUUUGAUUGAUUGCUGGUUAGUGGACAUAGAGCUCAAUAUUAGCAGUAUCGUGCCAAAUUCCUGGCCUGGAAUUGCUGCAAGCGGCGUCUGCUGAUGCAAGACCACCAAUUCUCCUCGCGUCCAGAGCAAUUAAGUCUGAUAGCGCUCUUCUUAACAGGGCAUCCACAACCAAGGGGUUCCAACCACUGCGUUACCACCACUUUGUAUGAUAGCCAC